UUGAUGCUUUCAGAACAGUUAUGCCAAAUGCAGAGACCAGAUACUGUUGUAGGCAUAUCUGGGCUAACUUCAAAGGCAAGUUUCCUGGUGUUGUGUACAAAGAGCAUUUCUGGAAGGCAGCUAGAUCUUCCACAAAGCACCAUUUCAACACUCACAUGGCAGCUAUAAAAGAGCUGAAUGAAGAAGCAUUUAAGUACUUGGAUGCCAUCAACAUCGCUCACUGGUCUAGACAUGGGUUUAGCACUGCUUCUAAGUCAGGAAUGCUACUAAACAACUGUUGUGAGAGUUUUAAUAAUGUGUUGAGGGAGGCAAGGGCAAAACCAAUCCUACAGCUGAUGGAGUGGGUUAGGAGGUAUGUCAUGGAGAGAUUCAAUUCAAAAAGGGAGGGACUGAAGGGAUUUAAGGGUGUCAUUAUGCCUUCUGUUGUUAAGAUGGUUCAGCAAGGUCUUACGCAAGUGCAUAACAUGAGAAUCAGGCAAGCUGACUUACAUGAGUUCGAAGUGGACCAUGACCAGGACACAUUUGUUGUCAACUUACAGUCCAAAGUAUGUGGAUGCUACAGAUGGAGUCUUAUGGGAAUUCCUUGCUGGCAUGCAUUGGCAUGUAUUCAAACAAAGAGGCUAAACUACGAAGACUUCAUCCACCCUGCCUAUCAUGUUCAGACUUAUGCCAAGUCUUAUGCCCCACCGUUCAAAGGCAUGCCUAGUCAGAAUCAAUGGGAUCAAACACCCUACCCUGGUCCAUUGCCUCCACCUUACAGAAAAAUGCCAGGUAGGCCAAGCAAGCACAAGAGGCAUAAGGCAGCUGGAGAGGAUGAAGACAAGCAGCCUGUUAAGAGAACAAAGAGGCAAAACAAGUGUAGCAGAUGUGGUGGACUUGGACACUACAAACCUAAGUGUGCUAUGCCUGCACCACCUGGUGAAACAGUGGCAGCUUCAACCCCUGCUAGUGAUACUUUUGCUGGUCAGAUUGCAGCUCAAGAACCUUCUGUGGUUCAAUCCUCCCAAGGUGCUCCUCAACUUCACCCAAGUCAAUAACAAG